GGUUGGACGCGUCUAGACACCAAAUUCGUCAGUACACGCUACGCCUAAAAGAAUAUUAAACUGUCAGGCCUGUUAUAUCCCGCGUUUGACUGUGUAUCGAGUUUGAAGUUGAGCACCGCGAAUAGGAGUAUCAUCGAUGUCUUAUUAUAAAAGACGGACGUUAGAACUUGUAACUGCAGUUGGAGUUUGACUCCAUUCGUGUGUGCUGAUUUUUUUCUUCAGAGUAACAUUACGGCCAAAUCCGUACCGCUUACUUUGAUCGAAUGGGAUCGUCUAGAAUUCCGACAGCAGGAUCUAACUGUACUAACUGUACCGGACACAGGCAUGUGGAAAAGAGUCUUUCGUGAACUCUUGGGUCUUCAUGUGUCUUUCAGGAGCAGACUUUAGGUGCGGAUUUUGGAAUAUCGACCAUGGGCUCCCUAAAAGCUUUGCAGGACUGGUGCAGGAUCCAGUGUGAAGGUUACAGUAAUGUGGACAUUACAAACAUGUCUUCAUCCUUCAGAGAUGGACUGGCCUUCUGCGCUAUCAUCCACAGACACAGACCUGAUCUCAUAGAUUUUGACUCGCUCUCGAAAGAAAAUGUAUUUGAGAACAACCGUCUGGCAUUUGAGGUUGCUGAGAGUGAGUUGGGUAUUCCAGCCCUGCUGGAUCCAGAAGACAUGGUGUCCAUGAGUGUGCCUGACAGAUUGAGCAUCAUCACCUAUGUAUCUCAGUAUUGCAACUUCUUCACUAACAAAUCUCACUCUGUCUCCUCAACCAUAAAGAGCCCUGGUGUUCCUGGUCACAUCAAACCAGCCAUAAAGAGACCGUUUUCUCCUCCAGAGGGCCGGGAUGCUCAGACUGAGUCUGGUGCAGAUAACCAACCAAAACGCAGUACUCUGAGCAGCACUUGUUCAGUCUGUGGAAAGCAUGUUCACUUGGUUCAGAGAAUCCUCGUUGAUGGCAAACUUUAUCAUCGAAACUGCUUCAGAUGUAGGGAAUGCAGCAGAACUUUACUGCCUGGAUCUUACAAGUUCACAGAAGAUCCUGGAUCAUUAGUUUGCACACACCACUUCACCAGAUCUGCCUCAGAUGCCAGUCAGAAUGGCCAUUCAGAUACGAGUAAUAAACUAGCCAAGCUAACCUCAACGAGCUCAAAAGACCCAAACAAUAGGAGUUUAGAAUCGAAGGCAUCACUCAGCAAUGCUGAUACCACCCCGGAGAGAGACGAAGAGGAAAUAACUGAAAUAGAAGAAGCAUUAAGCAAGCAGCCAGACAGCAGAUCAGAGGUGGAGACGGAACAUGGAGGCCCUUGUUCUUCUAGUCCACCAAAUCCCUUUGAUGAAUCUGAAGAGGAGGAUCAGGACGCACAACAAGAGGACCACAAGCCAGCUGAUGGGGCCAAUGAUGAUGAGCCAACAACGUCAGUGAAGAUGACUGCAGCAGAGGGUCGACCAGUUCCAGCACCUAGACGGGUAUUUGAGCCCACCCCUGCUCCCCGCCCUGUGCCCAGACCUCGCCCACCCAGACCCUCUGAAAGCCCCACUGUCAACGGAGAUCCUGACACUCAAAUUCCUCAAGUUCCCGUGCCAAGAGAAAGAUUGCACUCACCUGCCCGUUCUAGCAAGGCCAAUGACACUCCUAAACCAAAAGACCCACCCUGGCUGGCUCUUGUCCAAUCAGAAACCAAGAAGAAACCAGCACCUCGCCCACCCACAGGUAUAGCUCAAAAACAAGAGGAAUCAAGACCAUCCUCUCCUCCAAAUCCAUUUGACGAUGAGGAAGAGGAGCCAGAAACGGCUCCUGAAGAUCCCCCUGGUCCUGUGGUGGCUAGUCACCCUUGGUAUGGGAUUACCCAUGCUGCUGAAAUCACUGCUGGGGACACAAGACGUCAAAGUCCUGCCCCUUCUGAGAGUCCUGUAAGUGUCCGAAGGAAGAAGCGACCAGCACCCAAAGUUCCGAAUUCUUCUGCGUCAGCUUUUCCUUCUUCUCAGACUUCCUCUCCUGCUUCUUCUUUAGCUCUGAGCACAGAGAGCCUGUCCUCCUCUUCCUCAGACCACAGUGCAGUCCCCCAACAACCUGCUGCUAAUGAACAGGACCAUUUGUUCACCAAGAGUGUGUCUGAGCCAUCAAUCAAUGCUCCUGCUUCCGCUCUGUCCCAAAAAACUAAGCUUCAACCUCACUGUUCUCCAAACCUGCCUCCGCCUCCACCACCUCCUACCAAUACCAACUCGGCACCAGCUACUCCACAAACCAAUCGCAGUGUGAGGCCACUACUGUUCCCCUCUUCACAGACACCCAGCACUCCAGGCAAGCGUACUUGUAAAGAGAAUCCAUUUAAUCGGAAGACAGCCGCCUCUGUCAGCUCCUCUGUAUCCCGACCCCCAAAAGGGCCCCGUCCUGCACGACCUCCUGCUCCUGGACAUGGAUUUCCUCUCAUUAAGCGAAAAGUACAGUCAGACCAGUAUAUCCCAGUUGAAGACAUCCAUGUAGAGAUGAGUGAUCUGGAGAAACGGUUGGAUGAAUUGGAGCACAGAGGGGUGGAUCUGGAGAAGAGCUUACGAGAAUGUUCAAAUGAUGAUGAAGAAGAACAUCUACUUGUUGACUGGUUCACGCUGAUUCACGAGAAGCACUUACUGGUACGGAGAGAGGCUGAACUGGUCUACACAGCCAAGCAGCAGAACCUGGAGGAGAGGCAGGCCGAUGUGGAAUAUGAGCUUAGAUGUUUACUUAACAAGCCAGAGAAAGAAUGGACAGCUGAAGACAAAGACAGAGAAAAGCAAUUGAUGGCAGAACUUGUGACGAUAAUUGAGCAGAGGAACCAGAUUAUUAACAGCAUAGAUCUGGACAGACAGAGGGAGGAGGAGGAAGACAAACUAGUAGCUGCUAUGCUAAAGAAAAAAGAGUUUCAUGGACAGGGCGAGCAGAAGAAAAGAACUGGGAAGUUCAAGCCAAUGAAGGUUUUGAAGAGACUGAGCACCAAGAAUGAAGGAGUAAAAGACAACAGUCCCCGGAAAGAGAACAGCUGAACAGUAGACUUACUGAAGAAAAAAGAUAUACUAAAUAGAUUUACUAAUUGUUUUUUAAAGUCUAAUUAGCGCUUAUAAAUUGCUAUAAAAUUUAAGUUAAAUUUACCUUUGAAAUGUACAAAUUGAGUUCAUUUGCCUUUGAGGUAGUAGCAGCUAAACUGAUAUAAUGCACUACUGCAGUACAUAAAAGUAACAAGUAACACGGUCUUGGUCAGAUAACAAUUUUUAAUAAAAAAAAAAACCUUACUUUAAUCUCUACAUUCUGAAAAGAAAACUGAUACUGAAUGUGAUUAAGACAUGACAUUGACGUCAAAUUUUAAAGCAUACCUUUCUUUUAAACGUAUUGUUAGUCACAGGAAGAGCUCAACAGGAAGGCCAGAUGGUAUUACAUUUAUUUUUUCUCAGACUUAAUUUAAUCUAGUUCUCAGAGUGAAUAAAUGGCACGGAGGCACUGCUACACUGUGUUUCGUUCUGAAACACUUUCAGGCCACAUUGAGCCCUUUAAUUAUAUUAAAGAAGCAUUGUUGAGAUGAAGGCAGAAAUGAAUUACCAAUCUUGCAGUCUGGAAUAUUGCUAAGAUCGUGAAAAACUUUUCCAUCUUAUGAAUGCUUUGUUUUUUUUGAGUAAGAGGAAUUUUUAUUUUUUUUUGUCAGGGUUUGGUUGCACCAGCCGUGCUUAAUUAAAAAAAGAAGCCGUUAUGGCGUUGAGUUACAGUUUACGCAGUAUUAAAUAUUUGAGUAUUGCACCAUUAAACUAGAUAACUGUACAUGGGUAGGUGUUAUGUGUGCUAUGGUGAAAUAAAAAUACAUUUAAAAAAAAAAAACAUUGCAGAAAAGACUGUUGGAAUGUUUAGUUUUUUCACAUUUUUUCUGUCACACCAUAGGACACAAUUUUUUAUUUGUCGGCUUCCCACAUAUAGAUACAUACAAAAUAUACACUAAACAAUGAUGGACAUAGCAGAUUUUAAAUUGCAUUAUUAAGCUCAUGUUUUACUUCACAGUACUUUAGUUGUUUGUUUACAUUAAAAAAGUUGUGAUUAACAGAUCUAGACAGCUUGUGUGUAUCGCUCUGUGCCAAAUGACCCCCAGCCAUAUUUAUUAGUCCUUAUUUUGUCAUUUACAGUGUUACUUGCAACGUUUUUACAGAAUAGUUUUACAGAAUCAACCGUAACAUGAUAAACUGAAGUGUCUGCAGAUAGCCUUGUGUGCAGCUCACCGACAUAUAGUGCCACUGAGGACCCCGCUUUACUUUCUGUCAAACACUGCAAAAACUAACCUUAAAAGAAAGAGGAUGAGCUGAAAAUCACACUUCUGCUCAUGGAUUUGAAAGCAGAUGUCAGAUCAUUUAAAUAGUAAAUGAUUCAAAAAGGCUACGCAGUGUUUACCUUACUGUCUUCUGCUUUCAGAAGCAAAUUACAAAGAGAGCGUGGACUUUAUGUUCCAGUUUAAACAAGAAACAGCUGGUGCGACCCUACCCAAGACAACAUUUUAAUACAUUCAUUUUAAUAUUGCUUGUGGCAUUGUUUCAACAAUCAUUUGCAACAUUCCAACAUUUUUUUUUUUUUUGCAUACAUUUUUGGCAGGUAUCAUGUAUUGAAUACGGGGAAAGUGAAUUUAUUAUUAAUAUUUGGUAGAUGUAUAAAAAGCUAACUUUGAAAAUAUUGCUAAAUGAUAUUGUUACGACCUUAUGAUCAGAAAUGCAUUAGUUAGCAUAGCAGAACUUCAUACUACUGAAAGGUGAAGUUUAAGAAACCAUCAACUUGAACUUUGAAUUUACUAUAGACUGACAGUUUGAGGACUGGAGGACAGAUUAACAUUAAAAUAAGAGAUAACAAGUCUAGACCCCUUUUAAUAGAAGAACAAAAAAUACUAUACUCAACUAUAACUCGAAUCAAACACACAAAAUGUUAUCUGCAAGGUUUGUAAUGUUGAGCAAUAAUAGAUGUUCCUCACACUUUAAAAGUCCCUGAAAGAAGAUAAUGCAAUAUUAAAUUUUAACUUCAAAACGCUUUGUCACUGUAGAAUGUUACGUUGUGUGUCGGGCCUUAAUUUCUGUAAACCCAAGCAGGAGUGUAUUUCUGAAGGAGUGCCUUUAAUCUGUUUAAUUUAUGCGUAUGUCGUAGCAUUGGCUGUUGAGUGUCUUUGACGAUUUUGUUGACGUUUCAGUUUUGUGCGUCUGGGUGUUUACUUGUAUUUAUCAUGAUUCAGUAUUAUGCUUGUUCUGUGUUUGUGUGCCUGAUCAACUCCAAGGGCUUUCUGUUUUCUCUAAAACAGUCUGUGCUUUUAGGAUGGAGGACAUUAAAAAUAAAGCCACUUAAUAAAAGAAAA